GACUAAAAUCCACCACCACCACCACUACGCCUCCACCUCCACCUCCCCGCGUCCCCGCCUCCUCCUCCUCAUCGUCUCUCUCUCUCUCCUCUGGGGGUUGGGCCGCUGCUCGCCGGCUCCACCAAACCCUAAUCGCGCGCGGGGGGCGCCGCCUGCGUCGAUCUGCGGCGAGCCGCGAGCCGCGAGCCGAGCCGGCGUGGGGGGUGGUCCUGGUGUGGGGACCGUCCCGUCCCGUUGCGUCUCGGCGGCGGCGGUGCGGCGGGAGGGGGGGGGGAGGACGCGGUGCGGUGUGGGGAUUCGGAGGUGGGGUGAUGAGGUGGAUGAGGGUGGGUGACGCGGGGGCGUCGUCGCCCGAGGGGCGGUGAAUGGAAGCGGCGAGGGGGGCUGGGGCUGCGGGCGGCCAUACAUGGAGGACAGGGCGUCGCCCGGCGGAGGCGUGUGCGGGAGGGUGCUUCGGCUUGCGAGCGUCCAGAUUCUUUUGGUUCUGUUCCUGACCCAAGGAGCUAGCUCAAAUUCCCACGACGGCAAAUCAGUGCCUUCUCAAGGUCUGGAAGCUGGAGACAAGGAUACUUACCUUAGCCAUUCCUGCAUCCAUGACGAAAUACUUCAUCAGCGGCGACGAGCCGGGCGGAAGGAAUACUCGGUCAUGCCACAAGUAUACCAUGAGCGCAGGGAGAAUGUUGGACAGCUAAGAGGAAGACACUUGCUGGGGCUGUCAUCUUGGCACUCUUCACAGAGGAAUGUCAAAAAGCCGAUACGGAUUUAUCUCAACUAUGAUGCUGUUGGGCACUCGCCUGACAGGGACUGUAAAACUGUUGGUGACAUUGUGAAGCUUGGCGAACCUCCUGUUCCAUCAAUACCAGGAACACCUGUCUGUGAUCCUCAUGGAGACCCACCAUUGGUGGGAGAUUGCUGGUACAAUUGCACCUUUGAGGAUAUAGCUGGAGAGGACAAGAAACAGCGGCUUCGGAAGGCACUGGGACAGACAGUAGAGUGGUUCAGGAAAGCCUUAGCUGUUGAACCUGUCAAGGGGAACCUUCGGCUCAGUGGGUACUCUGCUUGUGGUCAGGAUGGAGGUGUACAGCUCCCCCAUGCAUAUAUUGAAGAUGGUGUUGCGAAUGCUGAUUUAGUACUCCUAGUAACAACUAGGCCAACAACAGGUAACACCCUUGCAUGGGCUGUGGCCUGUGAGCGUGACCAAUGGGGCCGUGCAAUCGCAGGACAUGUUAAUGUGGCCCCUCGUCAUUUGACGGCUGAAGCAGAAACAUUACUUUCAGCCACCUUGAUACAUGAGGUUAUGCAUGUUCUAGGCUUUGAUCCUCAUGCCUUCACACAUUUUCGUGAUGAAAGGAAACGGAGGCGUGGUCAGGUAACUGUUCAAGUUUUGGAUGAAAAGCUUGGAAGAAUGGUCACGCGUGUUGUCCUUCCACGGGUUGUCAUGCACUCUAGGCAUCAUUAUGGAGCAUUUUCCCAAAACUUCACUGGGUUGGAACUGGAAGAUGGUGGAGGCAGGGGUACAUCAGGUUCACACUGGGAGAAAAGACUCUUAAUGAAUGAGAUCAUGACUGGGUCGGUGGAUACAAGAUCAGUGGUUUCAAAGAUGACUUUAGCAUUACUGGAGGACAGCGGGUGGUAUCAAGCUAAUUAUAGCAUGGCUGAGCAUUUAGAUUGGGGUCGAAAUCAGGGAACAGAGUUUGUUAUCUCUCCCUGCAAUUUGUGGAAAGGAGCAUACCGCUGUAACACAACUCAAUUGUCAGGAUGCACAUAUAAUAGGGAGGCAGAAGGUUACUGCCCUAUAGUAAGCUAUAGUGGGGACCUGCCCAAAUGGGCUCAAUAUUUCCCUCAAGCUAAUAAAGGUGGUCAGUCUUCGUUAGCAGAUUACUGUACGUAUUAUGUAGCUUAUUCAGAUGGUUCAUGCACUGAUGUAAAUAGUGCACGAGCACCGGACAGAAUGUUAGGUGAAGUGCGGGGAAGCAACUCAAGGUGUAUGGCCUCAACACUAGUGCGAACUGGUUUUGUUCGCGGAUCUAUGACACAAGGAAAUGGCUGUUAUCAGCAUCGUUGCACAAAUAACUCGUUAGAGGUUGCUGUUGAUGGGAUCUGGAAAUCAUGUCCGCAUACUGGUGGGCCUGUGCAGUUCCCAGGGUUCAAUGGGGAGUUGAUUUGUCCUGCAUAUCAUGAGUUAUGUAACACUGUGCCAGUUCCAGUAAGUGGCCAGUGUCCCAAGUCUUGUAGUUUUAAUGGUGAUUGCAUUGAUGGAACCUGCCGUUGCUUCCCUGGAUUUCAUGGCCACGACUGUAGCAGAAGGUCUUGCCCAGCUAAGUGCACUGGUCAUGGUAUAUGCAAAGCUAAUGGGAUCUGUGAAUGUGAAAAUGGGUGGACUGGGAUUGACUGCUCAACAGCGGUCUGUGAUGAGCAAUGUAGUUUGCAUGGAGGAGUCUGUGAUAAUGGUAAAUGUGAGUUCCGCUGUUCAGAUUAUGCGGGUUACACUUGUCAGAAGGGUUCUGCAAUACUGCCCAGCUUAUCAAUGUGCCAUGAUGUACUGGUUAGAGAUGCUGACGGACAGCAUUGUGCCCCAAGUGAACUUAGUAUACUACAACAGCUGGAAGCAGUGGUUCUUGUGCCAAAUUACAAUAGGUUGAUGCCGAGUGGGCGGACAUUCCUUAACUUCUUUAACAAUGCCAACUGUGCAGCAGCUGCAAAGCGGCUGGCCUGCUGGAUAUCAAUUCAAAGAUGCGACGAAGAUGGAGACAACAGGCUUCGAGUAUGCUACUCUGCCUGUGAGUUGUACAAUACAGCAUGUGGGGCGGGUCUUGAUUGCUCGGACCAGACCCUGUUUAGCAAGAGGGAAGAAGAAGAAAAGGGCGUUCCAUGCACAGGAUAUGGCGAGAAGAAGUCUUUCUGGCUAAUGACUAUAACUUCUCCAGGCGUUUCUUCCCUCUAAUAUCUCCGGCCACGGCUCGGAGAUUGUGUAAAGUAUAAUUGGCGAUGUCCUAUCCAUAUUCUUUUUCCUUUUCUUUUUGGCCACCACUUUCCAAUUGUAGGAUACGGGAAGCAGUGGCCCAUUUCACCUGGGCACCUGAAGAUGGGUGCCUGGUGUAUAAGCAGUGCUGGGGCGGGCUCUUUGUGUUUAGGAAGUUAGUCUGACUGGAAGGAGGGAAGAGUGAGAAGCUGGAGGUGGAAGGUAGAGUUUUUUUUCUCCUUUUUUGUCGCGUCAGAAUUAGUGGAGGAAUGUAAAGUGUAAUGUGUUGUAAUCCAUGACCAAUCAUUAACAAACAGAGCAUCUCAAUGAGAGCCCCCUAUGUUGUCUUGUGUGCUCA